GUGACACAGCAAGACCCUGUCUCGAAAAAUAAAUAAGGUAAAUGUUACAUGUCUCCCGCACCCUUAGAAUCGAGCUACAGACAUCCAAGCCACUCCUACCCCACUCACCCGUGCUACACACCGCCUCCAUGCCUUUGACCGGCCUAUGGCCGUGCUCGGAUUGCCUUCUCAGCCUCCACUUCAAGCCUGCGUUCCCUGGGCAGGUCAUCCAACCCUAGAUCCACCACACGUCAUGCCCAACCAACCUUGGUUACUUUGCGAGUUCACCUCCAUCCUGAGUGGACGCUCAGACAAGACCGCCAGAGCUGCAGAUCUGGGAGGUUCGCUGCACCAACUUGAUGCUCAGUACAUACUUUUGAAAAUAAACCGCAUUGUUGAGAUUUGAGAAAAUCUCAUAAAGCUGCUAAAAAGAACUGGCCAGAGCAGUGUGAUUUUAGAGGCGACUGACAAAAGGUAGCUGCGCGGCCCAGGAUGCCCUCAUGGCCCGGGGUGAAUGGCGCUGGCUUCGCGGUGGCCGAGUAGGCUCCGCGCCAGGCCUCGUCCCGGACUUACCCUGCGACCCUGGCCCUCCGCGCGCCGCAGCCGCCCUCGGUUGCUAUUGGUUGCUCGUCCUGUUUGUCCGAGCUUCUCUAAGAUGGGGGCGAAACUGUAAUUGAAUGUGUCGGUGCUUAUUAGUUAUUCUUUCAGUCGAUCACGAGGUGCCGCUUUCUUCAUUCUUCAUUGGCUGGCGGACUGAGGGGCGGGCUUGGCGCCCCGGUCGCCCAGACAUGGCGGACGGCAGCGGCUGGCAGCCGCCGCGCCCCUGCGAGGCCUAUCGCGCCGAGUGGAAGCUCUGCCGCAGCGCCAGGCACUUCCUGCACCACUACUACGUCCACGGCGAGCGGCCGGCCUGCGAACAGUGGCGGCGCGACCUGGCCAGCUGCCGCGACUGGGAGAAGCGCCGGAGCGCCGAGGCCCAGCAUUCCCUCUGUGAGAGCGAACGGGCACGAGUCCAGGCUGCACGGAAGCACAUCCUGGUGUGGGCCCCGAGGCAGAGCCCCCCUCCAGACUGGCAUCUCCCUCUGCCGCAGGAGAAGGACGAGUGACAAGCACCCCUGCCAUUGGCCUGUGCAGCUUCCUUGGUCUGUUUCAAGUUGCUGUUGCAAAACCCUGGGGACUGUGACAGCCUACACAGUCUAGUGGGUCCCUGUGAGCUCUUGCUGGGUUUGGAACGUGGAGCAGGACAUUGCUGGUCCUACUUGCCCACCCCUCACCAGCCUGCAGGGUACCCUGACGCUGCGAUGUUCUGCAGGACAAUUGCACCGCUUCAGAGCUUCCAGGAGGCUAAGCAUUAUGGCCAGGUACCUGUGAGCAGCCAGGUCAGGCUGGGCACAGUAGCAUAGGAGAUGGCGGUCCUGAGGUCUAGGCUUCUCAGGUAAACUGAAGGGUAGCCCUGACCUGUAUGGACACACAGGUGGGUCAUAAUGAGGUAGCUAAACAGUUGCGCCACUGUGAAUGUCUUUCCUAGUCCUUGGGAAACUGCCUGCUAUGUCUCAGGUUUGGUGAACAUUGUGAGUACUCACACUCUGCUCCACUCAGUUCCACUGCACAUGCAGGCAGGUGUGCCGAGCAGGCAGGGCUUGCUGGCCCCUCUGCACCAGCAGGCUUCACUUGUUAGGCUCCCAGGUCAGCCCCUGGAGACUCUAGUUUUUAAGAAAUGCACACAGCUACAGAACACACAACGUUGCAUAAAGAGGGUUUGUGGACUCACCUUAAGAAAUCCAAGUCCAAGACAUGUGGAAUUAAGGACUCCUUCCCUCAAAAAAAUUUCCCCUGGUGGUUAAUGUAUCAAAAGCCAUUUCAUCUGAUUUCAAAUAGAAGCUGAAAAUUAAGUUUACAUUUGUUAGAUUUUAUAUAUAACAGUGUUGUCUGGACAGUGUUAGAAACUUGUAUGCUUAUUCUCUUGUAGGUGUUUUAAAAUGUAUGAACCACCAAAAACACUAUUUCUCGAAGCGGUCUCUUUAUUACUAAUAGAAUGGUUUCUCAUCCUGUGGUGGCCCUGUUAUGUGAUGCUGAGGGCUAGGCUGGGUCUGUACCCAGCACCCUCCCUGCUCUCUUCCUGGACACAGGCAGCAAGUUGAAUAUCUUUAAAUUUGUUCUUUGGGGUAGAACAAUCCAUCACUUCAGAAGGGUGUCCAUUAAAGAACAGUAUUUCCCUGC